AUGUCUACCACCACAGGAGCAUUCAUUGCGGGCGGAAUUGCAGCAUGCGGUGCGGUCACAGUCACCCACAGUUUUGAAACGGUGAAGAUUCGCCUACAACUACAGGGUGAAUUGCAAGCAAAGGCCGAUGCGGCCAAAAAAUACAGAGGUGUGGGGCACGCCGUCAAGGUUAUCCUACAAAACGAGGGCCCCAAGGGGUUAUUUAGGGGCAUUGGUGUUGCUUAUAUAUAUCAAAUCCUGCUCAACGGCUGCCGUCUAGGGUUCUAUGAACCCGUGCGUACGACGCUCACCUCGGCCAUCUACAAGGACCCGCAAGUCCAGUCCCUGGGUAUCAAUGUUCUUGCCGGCGCUUCGUCGGGUAUCAUUGGUGCUGCCGCCGGCUCGCCAUUCUUCUUGGUCAAGACUCGUCUCCAGUCCUACUCUCCGUUCCUCCCCGUCGGCACGCAGCACAACUACCGCAACUCAUUCGACGGUCUGCGCAAGAUCUACACUACCGAGGGUGUGAAUGGACUGUACCGAGGCGUAGGCGCAGCCAUGGUGCGGACCGGAUUCGGUAGCUCUGUGCAGUUGCCGACCUACUUCUUUGCCAAACGACGUCUCACGCGGCACUUGGGCAUGGAAGAAGGCCCGGCUCUUCACUUGGCCAGCAGCACGGCCUCCGGAUUUGUCGUCUGCUGUGUCAUGCACCCCCCAGAUACCAUCAUGUCCCGAAUGUAUAACCAGACCGGUAACCUGUACAAGGGCGUUUUCGAUUGCUUGUACAAGACUAUCCGUACGGAGGGUCUGCUUGCCAUUUACAAGGGCUAUUUCGCUCACUUGGCCCGUAUUCUACCCCACACUAUUUUGACCCUCUCCCUUGCCGAACAAACCAACCGAUUUAUGCGGAAGGUCGAGGACCGAGUUCUCUCCGACGAUAUGAAGUCACGUAUAUAA